GGUUCACGAAAAACGUAUGUGGAUUGGUGGAAUUCCUGUUGGGUUUUCGCCACGGCCAUUGUGUGUCGAAGUGGUUACGUCUCAAGUGAAAGAGCAAUUUCGUCGGAGUUUGGAUUCAUGGUAAUAUUUUUAUGACAACAGAACCAUGUCGUCUCCAAGUGCAGGAAAACGACGUAUGGACACAGAUGUUAUUAAACUAAUUGAAAGCAAACACGAAGUCACGAUACUUGGCGGCUUGAACGAAUUCUGUGUCAAAUUUUACGGCCCCAGGGGCACUCCGUAUGAAGGGGGAGUGUGGAAAGUCCGUGUUCAUUUACCUGAGCAUUACCCUUUCAAAUCACCUAGUAUAGGCUUUAUGAAUAGAGUGUACCAUCCAAAUAUAGACGAAAUCUCAGGGACUGUCUGCUUAGAUGUGAUCAAUCAGGCCUGGACAGCCCUUUAUGAUCUUUCAAACAUUUUUGAAUCAUUUCUUCCACAGCUGCUAACUUACCCGAACCCCAUUGACCCGUUAAAUGGGGACGCAGCAGCAAUGUAUUUACAUAAACCCGAAGAGUAUAAGAAGAAAGUCUCUGAGUAUGUACGUAAGUAUGCAACUGAGGAGGCUUUAAGGGGGCAGGAGAACGUGAGUUCAGAUAGCGAAUCAACCAUGUCAGAUUUUUCAGAAAAUGAAGCUGAAGACAUGGAAUUAUAACGCAGGCUGUCUACCAUUAAAAGCUCGCUCAAUCCUCUCUUUGCUAUGAAUAACAAAUUCUUUUUAGUGUUACAUGUGAUGUGUAUUAGGUUUGAUUUAAUUGUUUUGCAUUUUUUAGAGUUUAUUAUGUUGCACGUAUUG